AUGUUGAUGAGGAUGGCAGUGGUGGUGAGCCUGGUGGUGUUGUCCGCCUUCACCCACGAUGAUGGUCCCAGCCCUGGGUCUUCUCUUCGUCUGCCAGUAUGGCCUCACGCUGUGUCCAACGUGACCUUGGGAGGACGUAAGGCUCCCAGCCACGCCACCAGGAAGAGAGAGCCUAGAGAGGUGGGGGUGACGCAGGUGGCGUUGACAGACCCGGCAACUUUUAGAUUCGAUGAGGCUGUUAUACUGAGAGUAGCAGCGGAGGAGUGGGUGCCGCAUAUAGCCGUCACGGAGGAUAACCACGGUAACAUUACUAUCAGGGGACCCAUGGCCAACCUUCUCCAUGCCCUCGCUAGCGCUCUCAACUUCAGGUACACGUUGGUGCGGCCGCCUGACGGAGCCUGGGGCAUCCCUACGUCGGGAGGGGACUGGAACGGCAUGAUCGGCAUGGUGAAGCGAAACGAGGCCGACCUGGCUCUAGGUCCUUUCGGUUUGACAUACUCCAGGUCACAGGUGGUGGACUUCUCCUCCCCCAUCCUCAUCGACUAUUACCGCAUCCUGGUCCGGCGGCCCCGUUCAGAGCCCGAUCCUCUGGGCUUCCUCAGACCCUUCAGGUGGCCAGUGUGGGUGGGGCUGGUGGCGUGUUUGGCCCUGAUGGGCGUCGUGCUGUAUAACGUGAGGCGGGCGUCAUCUCACCUCUACACUGGGGAGGAGAUGAAGCCUAGUGAGGAGGUUCAGUUUCUGCCUCACUGGUGGGCCGUGUACGGGGCCAUCCUCAGCCAACCGUACACUUGGGUCGCCCAGUGGAUGAGUGUGCGGGUGGUGGUGGCCACGUGGUGGAUUGUGGCCCUAAUUGUAGCCAGGUCCUACAGCUCGGCCCUGACCUCUCUGCUAGCCGUCAGGACCGUCCCCGUUAAGUACAACUUCCUGAGGCAGGUCAUCGCCGACCAGCAGGUCCACCUCAUCUUCGAGAAGGCCACCGCCCUCGUCGAGCACAUGUCGAAGGUGAAGCAGGGGGUGUACAAGGACCUGGCAGACACCCAGGAGAUGGGUCGAGCUCACUUCCUGGCAUCUUCGCGGCUGUACGAUGCUGCGUACACAGACGUAAGGAAUAGCCACUACGCCCUGCUGGUGGAGGACACCACCUGCAGGAAGGUCUACUCCGACGAUUUCACCAAGCACGGUGGGUGGUCCCCCCGUCACUGCUCCUGCACCCUGAUCACUGUGUCGUGCUUCAGGAUCGAGCGGCUGGUGUCCCACGACCUGUACUUCAAGUGGCUGGGGGAGGAGCUGCCCAACGCCACGGCGUGCCUCAAGGCCAGCACCCGCGUUACCGUCAAUGAGGCCUACCACCUCACCGGCCUCUGGGUGCGUGCACAUUGCUCUGUGGACUCUGGUGAGCCUCCCUACGUGCUACAGUACAGUAUGUUGUGUGACAGCAUCAAGACACUACUUCUGGUGGUGGUAGUGUGUAGUCCUGUCCUGGCCACUACCUGUCAGCUGAAGAAACCAACUUUUGGGUGUUCAAAUCUACCAAAACUCACAGUCGACUUUGAACAGGUCACCAUAGAGAGCUGUGGCAACAAUCACACUAAGACACUGUUUUCAAAGCUACUGGCAGUUUCUUUCGAUGGUCUUGCUGAAAGGAAGACCUAUGCCCUCGUGAUGGUGGAUCCUGACGCCCCGGGGAGUGGUGAGGGUGAGGCUUAUCUCCACUGGCUACACACUGGCGUCAAGGGAAGCGGCUUGGCUCAAGGAAACAUCACUUCUGGAAACACUAUUAUGAGCUAUGCUCGACCUACACCACCAUCUGGUACAGGGGUUCACCGAUACAUAUUUUAUCUCUAUGAAGAGUCGAACAAGGAUAUUACAUUUCAGACCAUCUCCAAACGAGGCAAGUUCAACCUACACAAAUAUGCCCAGAAGAAUGAACUCUGUGGACCAAUUGCUGAAAACAUGUUCACUACCCAGUACAAUGAAGGAGAGGAGGAGUGCCAGCCUUUUCAGUACGUGCUUAGUUCUCUUCCACUUGCCACCCUCGACCUUCAAACUCCUCCUCCUCCUCUAGCUGGGCGAGUCUUAGGGUUCACACAGGUCACUUCAGCUUCUCAAGAAGCUAACAUGGACCAACACACGUCCACACCGUGUUUGAAUCUCAGUACAGUAGGCUUUUACCCGCACAUCGUGGUGAAGGGAACAGCCCCGCCCUACCAAGUGUUUGGGUCACUAGUGGCUGUUAUCGACAUCGUGGCUCAGUACCUCGGCAUCUGCUACCAGUUUGUCGUGCCGCCUAAACCAGUUUACGGCCAAAACCUUGGUAACGGGUCUUGGUCGGGUGUUAUCGGUAUGGUGCAUCGUAAAGAGGUGGCUAUGUCUGGGGUGGUGUUGUCGGUAUCUGAACAGCGGUCUCAGGUGGUGGACUUCAGCCAGCCUCUCUACAUAGACCAGACCACCAUCCUCUACACCCGCCCUGUGCACACCUCUGAUCUCACUGGAUUCAUCAAGCCUUACUCCACUCAGAUAUGGCUGUUGGUGCUGCUGAGUACCUUGGUCGUGUUCCUGGUCACCUUCCUCAUCUUACAAGGUCAUGCUGCCCUUCCCAUCUCCCCAAGUGGCAGUGUGGAAGUGUGUGAGGAGUCUGGGUUGAGGAGCAAUGUUGACAAGGCUUACCAGUGGACCCUCAGAGUCCUGCUGGCUCAGUCUGUACCGAGGCAACCGAGAGGAGACUCGUUGCGGGUGAUAGCCGGACUGUGGCUGAUGGGAUCUCUGAUAAUGGGCACUGUGUAUCGCUCCAACCUCAAGGCCAUGCUCAUUAUCCCCAAAAUCACUCUACCCUUCAACAGUCUGGAGCAGUUGGUUGAGACAGACAUCAGCACUAUAGUCAUGCAGUCAUCUGUGCUUCACCAGACUAUAGAGGAGGCGGAAAGUAACUCGAGCCUGGGUCGCCUGAAGAAGCAGAUGGUACUCAUAACUAACCAGAUGAAAGGUAUUAGUGACACCCUGGCAGGGGUCGUUGCCGGUGCUGCCUCCACCAGCAGCCUCGUCCCUGUCCUCAACCUGGACUUCUCCAUGGACGGUGUGUGUGACACAUACAAGAUAUCACAAGGGUUCCUGGGACCUACCUCCCUGAGCCUCGCCUUCCCAAAGGGCUCUCCAUUAAAGGCCAGAGUCAAUACUGUCAUCCUAAGACUGAAGGAGUUUGGGAUCCUGGAACAUCUUGCCUUACAGGAAGUGUCCAAUGCCACCGAGUGUCUCAAACCCGUCUCCUCCACCCUUGGCACCGGUGUCCUCCGACCCCUUGAGAUUGGCGACUUCCAGGGCAUCUUCUCCAUCUACAUUGGAGGGAUGUUGGUAGCCCUACUGACCUUCCUGGCAGAGCUGGUCAUAAACACAGUUAAGGAAAAGUACCGCAGCUCCCUGAAGGAGAGUCAAACGGUGGACAAUCUCAAUAUUUGCCCCUAAUUUACGUUCAACAUUUAGCUUCUAAGACUACAACAAUGAACAGGACAGUGAAUCAAUAGAGAUCAACAUUUACCAAGACUAUGUUGAUAAUUGUUACUGUCCCUCAGACACUAAUAAAACCUUUCUUUUCCCAUCUUUCUUCUUAUUAAACUUCUGAGUAGUUUCCAUUAAUGUUAGAAUGUUUCAAGUCUCUCUUCAUUUUCAUAUCAAUGGAGUUUCACAUCAGCUAAGAACCUUUCAACACCACAUCAACUCCUCUGACACCUUCACCAUCUUCCUGCGCACCACAACAUCAUCUCACCUAUUUUCACCUCUGUUUAAGAUUCACACUGCCGCUACACGAAUAAAAUAAUGACACCUUUAUAACCUGUUAAGUCUCUAGAAGUCAAUCACUAACUGAGGCACACCAGCAAUACAAUUUCUCAGCCAAUUUCUAUUUUCAUCAACACUUAUAUAAAUAUUACUCUUGUAACUCAUAACUGAAUCCUGAUUGUAUUUAUUAUAAUAUAAGUCACUAUUGCAA